CAGAAUGGCAUUAGCUGCUGAGGUCUUCAACGUUCCAUGUCUCCCACACAAUACCAGGUUUAGAGGGGGUUUUGCACACACAUCAGGUGCUACCAUGACGUCAGUCUCAUCAGUAAAGGUCCUGCAUCUUCUACAGAGCGUGUAUGGAUAUCCCCAGAGGAACAGAGCUGCUGGUUUGGUACAAUGACUCCUACACUUCCUUCUUUGGCAUCCCGCUGCAGUGCAUCGCUCAGGACGAAAACUUAAAUGUCCCAGCCACGGUGGUGGAAGCCAUGACCAGGCAGGAGUCCCUCCAGUCCUUCAGCAAGAACGGCAAACCCCCCUCCUCCUCGUCUUCCUCCUCAUCCCCCCCUUCCACCGCCCUCAUGCGCUCCAUGGUCUUCCCCCACUCCCCCUGCCCGAGGAAUUUCUCGCUGUUGGACAAGGUUGGGGUCGGGGUUCAGUCAGAGUCCAGUUUCAGCCAGUUGGGGUCGAAGAACCAGCGAAUCCUGGCGAGCCCAACCUCCACGAGCCAGCUGAGCAGUGAUUUCAGCGACUGGCACCUGUGGAAGUGUGGCCAGUGUUUCAAGACCUUCACUCAGAGGAUCUUGCUGCAGAUGCAUGUCUGUCCGCAGAAUCCUGACAGACCAUACCAGUGUGGCCACUGCUCCCAGUCUUUCUCUCAGCCAUCAGAUUUGAGGAACCACGUGGUGACGCACUCAAGCGACCGACCAUUCAAAUGCGGAUACUGCGGUCGUGCGUUCGCUGGUGCCACAACACUCAACAACCACAUCCGCACGCACACAGGGGAGAAGCCGUUCAAGUAAGUAACAGUGCGAGCGUUGCGACCGCAGCUUCACACAGGCCACUCAGCUCAGCCGCCAUCAGCGACUUCCCAACGAGUGUAAACCGGUGAACGAGAGCAGCGAGUCCAUCGAGGUGGAUUAACCUCUGACUGUUUUCUGACUGAGACCACGUCCACAUUAAGGCGGCUGCAUUUGAAAAACGCGUCUUUUUUUCUCUCCGUCCAUCCUCACUGAGCUGAUAUUCUUCUCAACCAAAAAUUAAGAUUUUUUGAUAAAAAAUCCCAAGCAGAUGAAUCUGAAACUGCUGGCUUCAUGUUUUAUUAAGAAUUUGUAUCAAAAGCAACAUUAGUGGUGCAUAAGCGCUACUGAAGCCGACUCAGACCUUCACUGUCCCCAGAGGCAAAGCUCCUGAGGAAGACACACCAUCUGCACCAGGCUGAUAUCAGAAAUCUAAUGGACAAAAAUAGUCGACUCCAUGACGAGUAUACACAAAGAAAACGGCUCCAUAUUUAUGUAUUGAUUUUAUUUCCCCGCUCUCUACAGUGAAACCAGAAAGCUCACAGUGAAACUGGGGGCCUCGAUCGAUAGUUAUAGAUAUAGUUAAUGAGUUAACAACAUAUGGACAUAUGGAGGUUUGCGUGAUUUAAACAGCUGCCUGUGGAUAUUAACUUCACUAAGCAUGCCAAAGGGGCAGAAAUACUACUGCGUGGGGUCCCGUAGUAACACAAGUUAUUGUGGAUUGUUACAUUUGAUGAAAUGUAAUCUAAUCUUUGAGAGCAGCGAGUGCCAACCAUGAAAAAACGCUUCAGAAAUUGCUUAGGGUUGCACAUUACACUUAUUUAGCCUUUAGUGUGAGCCUUUGGAAAACUACAAUAUAAGUCUGUUAAGUUAUUGCCAUGUGAUGUCCACUUUGUGAUGGCUCCUUUUAAAUGUCAGUACAGCCCAUCCAGGGGUACAGGUGUUGUUAUUAAGCUGUUUUCAUACCGAUUUUGUCAGAUGACUUGAUGAUCAGGAGAUACCGAUUUAAUGGUCUCAGUAGCAGGUAAACAGGUAGCAUUUAUGAGCCAGAUUCAAGUCAGUAUUUCGUACUUGUUCAGUUGUCUGACAGCAACAACUGAUUCGUGAGAUGGUCUGUAUUGAAACACAUUGUAGGUUGAUGAUGGAGAGUAGUCGGCACGUUAGCUGUGAUCAGCAGUUCUGCUGUUGGCUGACUAAAGAGGAAGACAGAGAAGAGACUUUACGGUUUUCCUGUUGUUUUGGCAUUUCAGUGUGGACGGAGAUCUUCAGGAAAACAACCUAAAAAAUGGCCGUCGUUCUUUAAGAGUGUUUUCAGAUGUAGCUGGCUUAUUGUGAACACAGACUGUUUACAGUUUUAACUUGACCGACUGACUGACUUCUGGAGAGGAGAGACAUUGAAGCCACAUUCAUCCUACUGAAGAGAAUCCUGAUUCAACCAAACCAAAGAUCCAUUUUUUUUUUUUCAGCAGAGAAGAACUUUAGGACAAAGGCGUCGAACUAACAAACUUUUUUGGACGAGGAUAUUUAUUGGAGACUUUUGGGAAUCCCGUCUGGUUUCCCUCCAAAGAAAACUCUUAGAUGAAACCAGGACAAAAACAAUAAAAUACCAAAAAAUUCAGACUGAUGGUCUGUCUGUAGCUUUACUUCUCGGUUUCUUUUUUCUUUUUGCAAAACCGAUGCCAAAGGAGGGCGCGACCAAAGCAAACUGACUGCGAAUGCACAACGAGCAACAACACGGACGUCUGAGGACGACGCUCGAGUUUUACAUCACAAAGUGAACAAAAUAAAAUGACAAGGAGUAUGUAUUGUGAAAAAAAUGACAAAAGAAAGGACAAAAGAAACAUAAAUUAUAUUUAUCUUCUUGCUCAUAUCAUGCUUCGAGCACUUUUGUUUUAAAAUGUUGAUAAUUUAAUUUUCUGAUGUUGGCAAAUGUAAAGACGACGGAGAAAGGAGGGAAAUACUGAAGAGAUAACAGAUGUGAUUUCUUAUAGAAAUAAUCUCACAGUUCAUAAAGAAAUGUGUUAAAUAUGAAGUUGACACCGCAUGUGUUUAAAAAUGUAUCUGGGUUAAAGUCAGUCCAUGUUUUUUGUCAUCUUAGCUUUUCUUACGUCGUGUUCCAUCUGUUCAGUUUGUGUUUUAUUUUUUUUUUUAUUUCAGUAUAAAGAUGCCAUGUGAUCAUCUGAAGCACAGACAUCAUAACAUCCAAAAAGGGCAAAUGUUUUCUGGUUUGACAAAUACUUUCUCAUCUCUCUCAUGAUAUGUUUUGUCUCAUAGAGUAUAUUUGCUACGCAAUGCAAGUUUGAAUCCAUUCACAGGCAAUCUCAGAUGUGUAAAUAUUCCUGUGUCAUCACGAUACACUUUGUAUUAAAAGGAGUGAGGGUAAAAGCACAGUUAAUUACAUGAACACCAAAUAGGUUUUUGUGCCUGAGAGUUUAAAAAGCUUUAAUAAUAAUAAUAAUCUGAAAACUAACUUCCCAAAGACCAACAGAGUGUUGAACCUGGUGGAAGUAAAUCUACCGUCCAAACUCAGCGGGAUGUUUCACUGCGGGAAAACACCUUUGCUUUUGUCACACAAACAUCUGUAAGAGUUCAUGACAUAGGUAGAUUUAUUUUGUCACAAUAUAUCCGGGUAUAGAGUGAAAUUGAGUUUAUAUCUCCCUUCUGCUACGUAGCAGACAAUAUGCAUUAAUAUAGAAGCAAUUUUAAAAAUGGC